GAAAGCAGGAGCCCACACGGAAACAGCUGUCCUCAUGGCCCUUCAACUGCCUGGAACUGGAUUCUGGACCGGGCACAAAAAUGCUUGCUUUUGCCUAGUCCAACUUUCAGAGCACGUAUGUUGACAAUUGGAAUCCUGAGCCAUUCAAGAAUCAAGUUCAAGGUGGUACUCCUGGGCUCUCCAUCCCAGACUUCAACAAGUCUAAUUUGAGACCAGAAGAGAGGGGUCUCCUGCUCUAUUAGAUCUCCGUUCUGGAAUUGGACUUGACAGCUCUUCUCACCAAUACUUGGACUGCAGUGGCUUCAGGGUUCUCUUAGGGGGGUUGGGAAGGGUUCUCUCUGAAGACCAGACCAAAACGCUCAGAACCUUGACAAUGGACCGAGUUUAUGAAAUGCCUGAGGAGCCAAAUGUGGAUCCGAUUUCAUCUCUGGAUGAAGAUGUCAUCCGUGGGGCCAACCCCCGAUUUACCUUUCCAUUUGGCAUCCUUUUCUCUACCUUCCUGUACUGUGGGGAGGCUGCAUCUGCCUUGUACAUGGUUAGAAUCUAUCGAAAGAAUAGUGAAACCUACUGGAUGGCAUACACCUUUUCCUUCUUUAUGUUUUCAUCCAUUAUGGUCCAGUUGACACUCAUUUUUGUCCACAGAGAUCUGGCCAAAGACAAGCCACUCUCAUUGUUUAUGCAUCUAAUACUUUUGGGACCUGUUAUCAGAUGUUUGGAGGCCAUGAUUAAGUACCUCACACUGUGGAAGAAAGAGGGGCAGGAGGAGCCCUAUGUCAGCCUCACCCGAAAGAAGAUGCUAAUAAAUGGCGAGGAGGUGCUGAUAGAAUGGGAGGUGGGCCACUCCAUCCGGACCCUGGCUAUGCACCGCAAUGCCUACAAGCGUAUGUCACAGAUCCAAGCCUUCCUGGGUUCAGUGCCCCAGCUGACCUAUCAGCUCUAUGUGACCCUGAUCUCUGCAGAGGUCCCCCUGGGUAGAGUUGUGCUAAUGGUCUUUUCCCUGAUAUCUGUCACCUAUGGGGCUACCCUCUGCAAUAUGUUGGCUAUCCAGAUCAAGUACGAUGAAUACAAGAUUCGCCUCGGGCCACUAGAAGUUCUCUGCAUCACCAUCUGGAGGACAUUGGAAAUUACUUCCCGCCUCCUGAUUUUGGUGCUCUUCUCAGCCACUUUGAAAUUGAAGGCUGUACCCUUCUUAUUGCUCAACUUCCUGAUUAUCCUCUUUGAGCCUUGGGUUAAAUUCUGGAGGAGUGGUGCCCAGAUGCCCAAUAACAUUGAAAAAAAUUUCAGCCAGGUUGGCACCCUUGUGGUGCUGAUUUCCAUUACCGUACUCUAUGCUGGCAUCAACUUCUCUUGCUGGUCAGCAUUGCAGUUGAAGUUGGCAGACAGGGACCUUGUUGAAAAAGGUCAGAACUGGGGACAUAUGGGCCUGCACUAUAGUGUGAGAUUGGUAGAGAAUGUGAUCAUGGUCCUGGUUUUUAAGUUCUUUGGAGUGAAAGUGCUAUUGAAUUACUGCCAUUCCUUGAUUGCCUUGCAGCUCAUUAUUGCUUACCUGAUUUCCAUUGGUUUCAUGCUCCUUUUCUUUCAGUACUUGCAUCCAUUGCGCUCACUCUUCACCCACAACAUAGUGGACUACCUCCACUGUGUCUGUUGCCACCAGCACCCUCGGGGCAGGGUUGAGAACUUGGAGCCAUCAUUUGAUGCUGAAGCAAGGCAAAGUGUUGUCUAAUUCUAUCUCCUGGGUAUUUGGGGAUGGGUUUGGGGUGGCCAAGAACAACUGUGAAAUUUAAGGAGGGGAUGAGGCUCAUAGCUGAAUACCCACCAGAAUGUUUUCCUGAGUUUUCUGGUAAGCUUUUCAGAAGAAAGAGCAGCCCUCAAAUAGGUUUUAUUUCCUUAAGAUCGACUGCUAUGUUUGGACACCAAGAUUGCCACCAUAUAUUCAGAAGGGUCCGAGAUAGCAUUUACACUCCUCCCACUCAGGUCAGCUGUCUCAUCUCCCUAUGGGAUAACUUACCUCCAUGCACCUUAGGCUCUCAGUGACCUUCUAGUUCUGCUCAUUUGCUUGAGGUGCAUUACUGAGCUUUCCCGAGGCUAAGCUGAAAGCCCAGAAUCAGAAUAGAAUAUAUCCUGACUGAUCAGAGGAUGUGACCACUUACUAUGUUUACCCCUCAGGAAAAAUUCUGACUAAUGUGGAACAUGUAAGUGUAGCUGGAGUCUUUAAUUCCAAUGAGAAACUCUGGUUAAGAAGAAAAAACCCUACAAUUAAAAGAGCUGCCCCCGAAAUGAGUUAGCUUUCCAUUAGGAUUUUACUAAUGAUCAUUCAUCAAGGACCUCUCUUUUCAGCAGCCUAUUGUAGGCACACUCUGAGGAGGGAGUGGAGAGUAGGAUUCCUUCAGGGCAUAUGCCAGAAUGACUUUUUCUCAGGGACCUGCAUAGGCCUGCAGCUUGUACGUACAGUGGAGUGGUUGAGUAAAAUCUCUCACUUUGUAGCUCAUUAUCAGGGAUUCCCUCCAACCCGGCUUUUCUGUGCUUCUGGCAUUUUACUACUUGAUAUGAACCUCAGAGAAGGUGAACUGUAAUUAAAAAUGUUUCUAAUGUGUAUAAGAAAUGAAGAUUUCAUUGUGUCUUCUACUGUCUUGAGUAUUUUGUUGAUUUGUUUUCUUAAGGGAGAGAGAAUAGCUUGGAUAUCACCUUCAUGUUGUUUGGGGUUGAGAUGGUGGCUGACACCCUAAGGUAGAGUGAAGGCAGAGGAGGGAAAUAAGAUCACAGUAAAUCAUGUGACAUGGGAUUUUAUUUUCUAAUUUGGAGCAUAUGUUUAUCAUUCCCAUACCCCUAAUGGAUGAAUGCAAGUCUCCCAUUCUCGUGUAUCUCAAUGCUUACGUCUCAAAUCAUUUGGAUAUUUUGAUGAGGAUGUCACCUGGAUGCCUCUAAGGUAAUGAAGGAAUUGAGGUUACUAUAUCUACUGCCUAUUGGGACUAAGAAUCCCAACAGUUACCUAACUAAUGCUUGCCCCUCACAGACCAGAAAGGUGAGAAUUCACUAGUAGCAUGUAGUAGUACCACAAUUGCUGUGAGGAGCUAUGAAUAUUCCAACCUAAGACUUCUCAUUCCCAUCUAAUUUUACUCUUGGGAUUGUGCUAAGAAUUUAACUUUAACCAUUUCCCUUCCUCUUAUUCAGUCAGGACAUGUUGCAGGAGCUCCCUCUUUUAAAUAAGUAGCAGAGCUGUUAGCCAGAAUUGUCCUAUUUUCUGGAAUAUCUAGUGUAGUUUUCACAUCUUCAACCACUGUUGGUGGCUAAAAGGAUUGGAAAGUACUUAAUUUGGGGGGACUGAAGUGACUUGCUUUGGAGCAGUGGAGAUUUCCUUUUUCAACCCAACUCCCUCAGUCCAUCUUUCAUGAUGAAGAAGAAACUUAGAGGGUCAUAAAAAGCUUGCACUGCUGUCUUCUAACUAUGUGAUUUAAGGUGAAUUUGAAAGAAAUAAUCUAUCAGACCUCUAGAAGAACAUACUGCCUUUUUGGUAUUCUAACAAGAAUUUCUACCCAGUGAUUAAUAUGUCCUAUAUUAAAAGCAGAAGCAGUGUGAAACUAUAAUUUGCUCCAUAAAAGCCAUGUGAAUCAACUACUUAAAGGGUGUGUGCUGUGGGAACAUAGAGAGAGAGAGAGACAAUGGGCUAGGCAGGCCAAUUAGAGCUAGAGAGGCGAUACACAGGGUGGAAAAGCAUGUCUUGGUACUGAACCAGGAAUAUUUUCCCAAGGUAUCCUCCCUAGCCUCAGUGACUUAAUAUCCCGGGAAUGUAGGAAGUUUAGGGUGAAGAGUGGAGCAACUUCUCACCUGAAAAACCUGCUGCCUUUACCCAAGGAGAAGAAACUCUAGUGAUACAUUAUGUUAAUGAAUCAUCAGUAUCUCCUAUAGGUGGUGGCCUUUCUGUCCUACAGCAGUCUUCUAGAUACACAGAAGAUGGAAUUGUGGAAUAUGAUGGUGGGGCAGGGGAAAUGCCCCCUCUCACCUGCAAACACUUCUUUAAUUGACUAUUCUCUUUUUACCUCUGAAAUCUUCAAGCAACACAGGGUACUAGUCUGACUGAGUGGGAGAGGAGGCAGAGACUGGGCCAGAAAAUUGGUCUUGGAAGAGGAAGGCAGAACCAUUUUGUUGGGGGAGAGGAAAUAGGCUUUUAUAACAACAACUUUUCUCAUAUUGGAAAUUUGGUAGGCCACGUGUGGACAAAUGAAUAUGGUAAAGAAAUGUACUAGUAUUAUAUAAACCAUAGAUUUUCAACCAUCGUGCCGCAAUAAUUUUUAAAACAUGUAAUGCCUGACUAUUUAGUCGGGGACACUGACCUCUUUUCUUUUAGAUUGUCAAAUAAAAAAAUGACAACAGCCAACACAACAAUAGCCAUACACUGUGAAUGAAUCAAAAUUAUACCUAUUUUUUAUUAGAUCAUUGUGCCAUAGAAUUUCAGUAAUUUGUUUAAAUGUGCCAUGAGAUAAAAAAGGUUGAAAAUCACUGGUAAAUACUAAUUGUUAUCAAUUUUAUUUGCUCCACAAAUGCUUUAAAUACUAUGGGCAUAGAACUGUGAGGCACUGUAGUAGAAUUAAAUAAUAGCUAAUAUUAAUGAGCACUUACUAUAUGUCUAGCAUUGUGCUAUACAUUAAUUAUUUCAUUCAAUCCUUAUGGGAUAGGUACUGAUAUUAUCCCACAUUUUGCAGAUAAAGAUUCAAAGGCAUAGAACAGUGAAGUGAACUGCCCAAGGUCACAGCUAGUGUCAGAGCCAGGAUUCAAUCUUACUAAGGCUCCAGAGCUUACACUCUUAAUCAUGAUACAAGCCUCUAAAUCCUCCUAGGUCCUUUGUGAGAUUAUUUUAAUGGGUUAGUGAUUUCAGGAAUAUUUUCUGGGCUAUGGCUGAAUUCAUAUCAAACAUUCUUUCUCACAAACACUCCUUAUCAAGGGACAUGAUUCAAUUCACUCUAGAGAGAGGAGUCAAAACUUAAAAGGCCUGGGAUAAAAACCGAGUGUGUGUUCACAUGUACUUGUAGGUUGGUACAGGAGUGGAGAUAGGGUGGAGGAGUAUGGUAAAGGGACCCAUUUCCUUUCUAGUUUCAGGAUUUUGCCUCUUGUAUGUUCUUAAACACACUUUUACCAGACCCUGGUUGUGGGAAUAAAAUGGAGGGAGCAAUUUUCA